GAAAAACUGUUUCUACUGCGAAAUCGUGCGAAACAGGCGGAAGACGAGUGUUUCAUUGUAGAGUACGCCCCAACAACACCAGAGUUCCGAUCAUGGCAGAUGUUCAAGUUAAAGAUUCGCCUCCUAUUGCUGCAAAAUUGCGUGGACCUGGACCAGGGCGGUACAAAUUGCCAUCGACUUGCGGAUUCAGUGGUCAUGACUUUACACAAAACAUGAAACCGGCGUACUCGUUCGGAAAACGGCUAGGAACAUCUUUUAUCUCGACGAACAAGUUCAGUCCUGGUCCUAUAUAUUUUAUCGAUACCAGGUACACGCGACAUGGAAGAGAUGGAACGCCGCAUUAUUCUAUUCUUGGUCGCCCUAGAGAUCCCAAUGUUUUCAAGACACCGGGUCCUGGAAAUUAUCAGAACGAGAAGGUCCACCCGCAAGGCGAGAGACACGCACCAAAAUAUUCAAUGGGGUCACGAACUCGAUUCAGAGCAUGUGAUUCGUACCCAUCUCCGAACAGUUACACUCUUCCACCGCUGUUGGGCAGCAAGGUGAUCAACAAAGUGUCGAGCGCGAGCUAUUCGAUGACAGCGAGAUCCGUCACUGGCAGUUUCGAUGAAGAUUUGGCGAAGACACCUGGACCAGCGAGAUACAAUAUUGUCGAUCCCAACAAAAACCGUAAACAGGCGCCCUGCUAUUCCAUGCUUGCAAGAAGGUACAUGCCCGGAGAUAAAACUACCAAGCCAGGCCCUGGAGCUCAUCACCCAGAGAUGGUUAACUACAACCGCCCCAGAGCUCCCCAAUACUCGAUCGGAAUCAGACACUCUGAGUAUGUCACACCAUUCGUCAAUGAAGCUGGCGACACAUAAAAAUUUACACUACUAUAUUAGAUUGCAAUCUUUUGUAAUUGCGAAAUAAAAUAAUAUUGUUUUUAAA